AUGUCUGAAGACAUUAUGUACGAGCUGUAUUACUUAACUGCGUUUUCGAACACUUACACAGUAGUGGGAAACUAUGAUGUGAAGUGGAAUGUCGAAAACGGUUGGUACAACAAAUCAGGGUCUUAUAAUGUGAUCGUUCAAACAGAGGUCGAAGAUUUUAAGGCCUGGCUUGCCCUGGACGACAUUUAUGCGGCGAUAGGCGACCGACCAAAGAUGAAUGUAAGUGUAACUGCGAGCAACCUUGUCAGCUCAGUAACGCAAACGAUAAUUGUCGAUGUGUUUUACAAGCCCAACAACAUUAAUUUCAACGUCGCAUCCAUUCCCGGAAACACGACAUCGCAUAGCGUGUUUGAUGUAGAAUUUAUGUCUUCUGCAGACCUGCCUAUGAAAGCAGUCAAUAUAAUCAUCGAUUAUUCGCAUGGGACUAAAGAUUUCCAAACGAUAUAUUUAAGCAAUACUACCGUUUUACCGCUAAGUUACAAUUACACUCACCUUUUUGACAUGCCAGGGCUAUAUAUGGUUUCCGCAUGUAUACGUAAUCGUGUUGGAGAUUACAAUCAGUCUAUAAACAUGUCUGUGUGGGACUCACUGAUACCACUGGAUUUUGUCAUCGUAAAUGGAACCGGAAAAUAUAUCACAAACUUAACAGCGUCAUUUGAAUUUAUGGGAGUGCCUAAUUUUGGAUUUAAGUACAAAAUUGACUAUGGCGACGGAACAAAUACGUCAAACACAUCUGACAGUAUAAUGUACAUACAUUAUGGUCUUACAACGUUCCGUCAUGUGUACAGAGCAGCCGGAGUCUAUACACUUCGAUGGACAGCAUACAAUGGUCAUGCUCCUUACAACCGCUCUGGAAAUAUUCCUAUACUUGUACAAAAUCGGGUUCCAACUGACGGAUACACACUUGAACCGGACAACAAAAAAUACCCUUGGCUUAAUUUGCAAACCAUGAGCAUUCCGAUUAAUAUUACAUUGAAUAGCAGUGUGCAUAUACCAACGAACGCCACUUGCAUGUUUGACCCUGAUGACGGCAAUACCAGCGUUCAUGGUCUGGUGUACGACAGUCGUGUUUUCAACCACAGUCACAUGUACCGGGACGAGGGAAUCUUCAACGCAAGCUUUAAUUGCUCCAACGAAGUUAGCUGGUAUAUCUACAAGUAUUCCAUCGAGGUGGUCAAAUACAACGCAUCUUUCCUCAGUGUUAUCUUUGAGCAUCUUGUUCCCUUAAAUGUGUCAGAUAGUGUGACUGUAUAUUUCCACAUUGAGAACGGAGGCUUUGCGCUGAUUCCGCUAGGUGUAUAUCUUGAUUGGGAUUUCGGGGUUUCUGCAACGGAGCGCCUUCUGUAUGAUCGUACCACGUUCAAUCACACAUACUCUGCACGCGGUGACUACACAGUGAAGGUGUACGUGACAUCAACUAGUACCAACACAUCCAAGGCAUUAUCAUACCCAUUGCGUUUAGGCAUUAUGCAUUUCGAGUAUAAUACAACGAUUUCGUACAUUAACACCAGGGGUAGUGGUAUCUGGUAUAAAAUGUAUGGACAUUUAGGGGUACAAACUAUGUUCAAUAUAACGUAUAAUGCAACUUAUUAUGGCCAUUGUAACGCCGUUAAUUACAGCGGCUGCGUUGUCGAGUUUUUGUGCCCCCAAUGGGGAUAUUCUCUGGUUACCGCGACUGCGAUAAACGGGACGUUUAUAGAGUUUGAUAAUGUCAAUGUGACUUGUGACAAUCCAAUCAUUGAUUUGGCAACAGAUAUUGUUACUUAUUUAACUAUACCGAAUGGCACUAUCAAUGCAAGGCUGCGAAUAUCGGCGACCGCACUUUAUCUUCCUGUCCUAUUUUGUGUUUUCAAUAUGGGUGAUCCAAUCAUGAGAAAUAACUAUGGCUUCGUACAGAACGUGACAUUUCUUAAACCGUUUAUUUUCGAAAACUUUAUAUACUACGGUACCGGGGUACAUACAAUUACUAUAAACUGCUGGAAUCUUAUCAACUCAACAAAAUUUACUCAAAGAAUCCAAGUUGUAAACACAGAUUUCUCUAUAAGUGGUGUAUUUGACCGAUACUACUCGCAAAUGGAAUCGCCCAUGUACAUCUCGUCAAUGAUUGGCACGGGUAUAUUUAGCAGAUCGGAAAUAAUGACAAAUUCUAGGACGAAGGCACAUUACAACUCAUGGUUACUGAACGAAUCGAAUUGGGAACAGCCUCCGAACAGGCAAGAACUUCUGUUCACUCGCGGCAGUCUUUUACCGGAGAAAAAGCAUUUAAUCAAGCUUGAGAUAGGUUUCUACGAGGAGAUUGAAAAUAAACUUACAGAGCCAACGUACGUGCAACUCGUCAUGCCCCCACCACAUGCUAGUAUCGUCGGCGGAAGCCGGCGGUGGGCAAACAGAGGAACGGUUACCGUGGAUGCAGUGUCGGAGUCGUAUGAUCCAGUGACCCUUGCUUAUGGGAGCUUAUUGAUGUUUUCAUGGGACUGUAAAGCCUUGGAUGCCGACAGUUUUGAAGAGGCUUACUCAAAGCCAGCAAAGAGUAUCUGCAGUUUAAGCAACGUUAGUACAGGAAUAGUGUUCUUGAAUACGACCACCGCCCCAGGACUACACUUCUACAAUGUCACAGUUUCUGUCGACAACAAACGCGGUGGAGUGUCGAAUUUUACGCAGACCAUCGGCGUCUCAUCUGUGUCUGUUAAUCCGCUCGAAAUUAGGUGCACUAUAAAUUGCCUGUCAAAAGUUGCUGUCACCUCAAAAUUACAACUGGUGCCCAGGCUAUCCAAUAACAUUUACUGUCCCACUUCUUUAAACUGGACGCUUCAGGAAUACAAUAAUCGCAUAUUCAUACCAAAAGGCCUAGAUGGCUUUCCUGCAACUGGUACAAAAAAUCGGUCGAUUACCAUUGGUGCACAUAAACUGGAUCCCGGCAAAAGAUACCUUGUCACGUUGACCAUAAUGGCAGACGGGUUGACGUACGGACCGGCCUACUACGAGUUUGUAACAAAUCUUCCACCGAAGGAGGGACACUGCAACGUCUUUCCUUAUACAGGCAAUAUACAAGAAACUGACCCCAUAAGUCUGGACAAUUCAUCAAAGGCUGAACCCAAAGAGCUUGAUUUCCUGUCAAGCCAUCAAAAGUUCAACAUGACGUGUCUUGGCUGGAAGGACGAGGGUUGGACAGCCUCCAACUUCACGACUGACCAGCCUCUGUUCUACUACUUCUAUGUCAGAUACAGUGGAGUUGAGACCGAGAAACAGAUACUGUAUUUUGAUCCUGGCCAAACGUCCAACAUCGUAACCUUUCAGACUGGUGACCCAGGGCAUGCGUACAACGCAACAGCUGUCAUUCGAGUAUCAGAUAUAUUUGGAGACUAUGCAGAAGUGAAAUACAAAUUGAAAGCAAGUUUGAAAAAAUACAUAUUUUUAAUGCAAUAAGCAUUAUAAUUAUGAUAAUGAAUAUUGUUUAUGCUUAAGCGAUUAGCACGACGAAAAACCGAUGAAUCCAAAUAGUGGAUAGUAGUUAUUAAUGGGUACAGGUACAGUUCAGUCAUAGAACUUGAUUCACCCAUACAUAACCACACAUUAUAUUUCUUGGAAAAAUAUACAUAGAGGCAUUAUGAUAAUUUAUACGUGGGUAUUUGUAUCGCUACAUUGAAUAAGCAAUGCCGUUUACACCGACAGACCAAAUAUAUAAAAACCUGUAUUAUAUUAUAAUCGUUUAUGAACAAAUGGUCAGUUUUUACCUAGAAUGUUUAUAGUUUGGUCAUCGUCUCGAGAUUACAAGAGGCACUACGUUGGUCGUUGUCAUACCAAUUCGUGGACUAAAACACUAGUCACGAUCUCGGUAGCUAUGACACUGACGUCGUGAAUCAUG